UCAAUUAAGUUCACUUCUUUAAUAUCCCUUUGUUCCGAUCACUACGUAUCACCAGUCAUCAUGGAUGCAUUAAAAGACUCGCUCAACGCCAUGGCUGAAAUGUUCGAACAGAAGAUGAGCGAGUUCCAGCAGGGCCUAGAUAAUGGACCCAUUACAAACACAUCCCUGGCUGCAGAGUUUAACAGCUUCAGGACCUUUGUGCUCUCUGCCAUGAAUACUUUGCAGAGACAGGUGGAGUUCCUUGGUAUAGAGGUUGAUCGUCUGGAGAUGCGUAGAAGGCGCAAAAUGCUACUAGUGCACGGAGUCAGCGAAGAUAAGUCGGAAGAUGUUACUUCACGUGUUUGUAAAGUAGUAGGGGAACAUCUUGGUGUGACUGGAUUCUCUGUUGCUUCCAUCAAGUCAUCCCAUCGCUUAGGACGUCCUUCCGAAAAGAAACCUCGUCCUAUAGUGGUAAAGUUUGCGGAUGUAGCAUUGCGGGAUAAGGUUUGGUUCUCCAAAACUGGAUUUAAGGGCAGCGGUUUAACUGUGUCAGAGUUUUUAACAAAGAGUCGUCAUAACUUAUUUAUGGAGGCAAGGCAGAGAUUCGGCAUAAACAAGUGCUGGACAAGGGAUGGAUGCAUACAUAUUAUAGGCCCAGAUGGUUCACAUCACCGAGCUGAGUGGAAAGCUGACCUACACAGCAUACCACAGACAUCUAAACAGACAUCUAAGCCUCUGACUCAGGUCACUUAG